AUGAUGAAAUUUGAAAUCAUCCAGGCCAGACUGGUCCUGGGCCACCCACAGCAGAGAAAGAUUGCCACGGAUAUGUACCAGAAACUGUGUUAUGUUGCUUCAGAUCCCUGCCAAAAUAUGCAGGGAAAGCCAGAAAAACUGAGUUGUGAGGACAUUCUCCCUGAUGGAUGGGCUGUCAAGGCAGGAGAGCAGCUAUUCCAAGCUCCUGAAACACCCACAGAGGCAGAAAUCCCAGAGCCAGGGGUUGGGAGGAUGGUCCUCAGGAGCACCACCAAGUGUUGGGAGCAUGUCCAGCCCAACAUCCUCAGAAGUGUGCUGCUGUUGGGCAGGUUCACUCCCUUCCAGUUUUCAGAGAGGCUUCUGAAGGAGCUCCAGUCAGGAGUUCCCUGCAGCUGGAUGUGCUCCAUGUGGGUUGGUGCUUCCAUGCUUGGCAGCUUAAGAGCAUUUAGGAAUAUGGGAGACCAUAAUGAGGUUGGACCAGCAGUGCUCCAGAGAAAAAUCCUCUUGAAAAUGUCAAGCCAGAAAAUGGAAACAAAUCCCAAGGAAGUCCUGGACUAA